CAGGAGCUUCCACUCCAGCAAUCGUCUCUCAAAUGCCCAAUCUUUCGAGCUUCCUGAGCUCAAUGGCGAGUCAUUUCCUAUGCCGUGCUCCAACUCCAGCAACAGUCGCUCUUCUCCCUCUCCUCUGUCAUCACCACUCCUCACUCUCAUCUCCCCAUUCAAAGAAGCUCCCCACCCUCUCCAGAACCUUCUCUACCCAAACCCCUAUCAGAGCAUCUCACACCUCGAACACUCUCCAAACCCUCCACAACGAUCCCUUCAUCGUCUCCAAAGACGAGAAGUACAGCAACAAACAGGUCAUCUGCGUCACGCCUCAGCUCUACAAUUACAUUCUGUCCAAUGUCCGCGAACCGCCGAUUCUACGGGAGCUUCGAGAGGAAACUGCGACGAUGCGGGGAAACCAGAUGCAGGUGUCCCCUGAUCAAGCACAACUACUUGCAAUGCUUGUACAGAUGCUUGGUGCGCAGCGAUGCAUCGAAAUUGGUGUAUAUACCGGAUACUCAUCCUUAGCUAUUGCCUUAGUCCUGCCAGAAUCAGGUCAUUUGGUUGCAUGUGAAAGAGAUGCGAAAUGCCUUGAAGUUGCAAAAAGAUACUAUGAGAGAGCUGGCGUUUCUCACAAGGUGGAUGUGAGACAUGCACUCGCAGCAGACACACUAAAAGCCCUGAUUUUGAAUGGUGAAGCCUGCAGCUAUGAUUUUGCAUUUGUUGAUGCGGAGAAGAGAAUGUACCAUGAAUAUUUUGAGUUGUUAUUACAAUUGGUGAGGGUUGGGGGUGUAAUUGUAAUUGAUAAUGUUCUCUGGCAUGGAAAAGUUGCCGACUCACUAGUGAACGAUCCAAAGACUAUCGGCAUAAGAAACUUCAACAGUAGUAUUUUCGAGGAUCAGCGUAUCAGCAUUAGUAUGGUGCCUAUUGGAGACGGCAUGACAAUAUGCCGCAAAAGAUAACCUUCACUAGGUCUGCAGGGGAAUCAGUGCUUAUGGAAUCAUGUAUUGAAGAAAUUAGCUCUUGGAAAUAAUUGCAUGUCUUAAUAUUUCCUCUGGAAAAGUCAAGUGACUGGAGAUGUCUGGAUUCUCCUGGGUAAGCUUUGGGUGAAUGAGUGAAUUAAACGGUGAACUGUCAGGAUCAUUAAGAGGAAAUGAUGAAAGUGCAUGUCAUUUGUCAUGGAGAAGCAGCCCUCAAUUUGCAGUUAUGUUUCCUCAAGUCCAACUUGAAAGUACCGUGAUUACAAUGUGAAGCCCAAAUGCUCAAUCUGGAUGCAAAAGAAAUCACAAUUCAGCAAUUCCCAUUGUAUUAGAUUGAUAAUUGCCAAAAAGAAAGAAAAAGGGGGUUGCAAUUCAUUUCAGUAGUGCAUCUUUAGCCCCUCUGGCAAGAGCAGGACGAGCGCUGCCUGCGUAAGAUUGGAGAUUAUUCCCUAAGUUAAUAGUGGUUAUCUACUUCAUACUGUUAAAGUAUGCUGAUAGUUGUAGAAUCUGUCAUUGGGAUAAUACAUGUGGAGAAGUCAGCAGAGGGUCAGGUUGCACCUUCCCAACUUCUUUUGAGUAUGAACUUGUCUUUGGAGACUGCUAUAGUUAGAAGUGGUCUUUCUGGAGGCUUCUUCAAUUGAAACCAUUCGUUGUAAAAAUGCAUUUUAUGUUGUUAAUAACAUGUCGCCGCUUCAAUGCCUA